AUGACAGAACCUAAAAAAUUAAAAUAUUAUAAUAAAGUUUUCAACACCAAGUUUAAUCUACAUUUCAAGGCACCGCACCAGGAUAUAUGUAAGACUUGCGAUAGCUUGAAUUUUAAAAUUAGAGGCACCGAUGACGAAAACGUGAAGAAAGAGUUUGAAGUUCAAAAGGAACUUCAUCAAAGAAAGGCAGAUUCGGCAAGAGAAAAUCUACAAAUUGAUGCUAAAAAGAUUAAUGACGCAUAUGUACUAACCUUUGAUUUGCAGAAAGCUUUAGCUUUCCCAAAAUUAACUACUUCGGUAGCAUACUAUAAAAGGAAUCUGUAUUUGUAUAAUUUGGGAAUACAUUGUUUUAAUAACAACACGGGGUACAUGAACGUCUGGAAUGAGAUAGAAGGAGGGCGAGGGUCUCAAGACAUUGCAGUCUGUCUCGUGAAACAUUUAAAAACUCACGCGGUAACACAAAAUCACGUCAUCAUGUAUUCCGAUUCUUGCACUGGACAAAAUCGAAACAUUAAGACUACCCUUUCCCUUUUAAAGCUCAUACAAGACCCGGAUACUAGUAUAACCACCAUAGACCACAAGUUUUUAGUGUCCGGGCAUUCUUAUUUGCCUAAUGAUGGGGAAUUUGGGAUAAUUGAGAGCGCAAGUCGCCGUCAUGGACAAAUUUAUAGCCCGGAUCAAUGGAUUUAG